CUAAAGAUGGCGACGGUGGAGGAUUCACGGGAGGAUUUCGGAUCCUAAAUUUCCAGCGAUCUUGCCACCCACUGAGAUCCGCAAAAGCCCAUGACGUCGAGCUGAGACCCGGUUCAGUUUCGGUGUGUCAGUAACACGGUGUUUGAAGUUAUUUCACAAAUAAAGCGGAAUUUGGGCUCACGUCAUCCGAAUCCCGCGGAUAUGAACCCGGACUAAAUCCUGUAGUGUGAUUGUGUUGCAUGGAGGCCGGUGGAGGGAGUCUGUCCGUUCCGGUGUCGCAGUGAUUUUGGGUCGGAACCGGAUCGCGAUGUAUUUUCUGAGCGGCUGGCCGCGGAGGCUCCUCUGCCCCCUCCGGAGCGGCGAACGGCCCUUCCUGAUCGAGCCCAGCGUGCAACGCUUCUACCUGGCCGUGCUGUCCGAGACCCAGAUCAGCAUCUGGUUCAGCAGGCCCAGCGUGCUGAUCGUCAGUUAUAUUGAGUCGGGGAAAGCCACCGCACAGUUUGGCUUCUAUCAGCAGGCCGAAUGGAAGCCAGACGACUCUAUGAUCGCUGUGUCGGCUUCGAAUGGUUACGUUCUGUUAUUCGACAUCAUUGGAGGGUUGGAUGAUAAAUACCUGUACGAGCCUGUCUAUCCAAAGGGUGGUGUUCGUGUGAAAGUUACUCAGGGUUAUAAGGAGGAACAGUGCGCUCCAGCUCUCACACUAGAGAUGAAGAAACCUGUUGACCUGGAGGCUCCAAUCAGCUGUCUGCAGACGCUGCAGGAGGAUCUGUUAGUGGCGACUGCAGAUGGUUAUCUGCACAUGCUGCACUGGGACGGUAUCAGUAACGGCCAAAGAGCUGUUAAUCUAUGUACAAUCCCCUUCUCUUUGGACCUGCAGUCAUCACGAGGAGGGCCGUGUUUAGAUCUGGAGGGUGUUCACAUUCGGGAUAUGGAAUAUUGCGCGACACUGGAUGGAUUCGCUGUCGUAUUUGAUGACGGGCGACUUGGAUUCAUCACUCCAACUGCUAACAGACUCUCCACAGACCAAUUGCAGGGCGUGUGGGCUGCUGACGUCUCAGAUGGCACGUGUGUCGCUGUCAACAACAAAUACAGACUGAUGGCCUUCGGCUGCACAAGUGGCUCAGUGUUGGUGUACAUGAUUGACAGCUCUACGGGAUCCAUGCAGCUGUCUCAUAAACUGGAGUUAACCCCUAAACACUACCCUGAUAUCUGGAAUAAAACAGGCCCGGUGAAGAUGAUCCGCUGGUCUCCAGACUGCAGCGUUGCCAUGGUGACGUGGGACUGUGGCGGUCUGUCUCUGUGGAGUGUGUUCGGAGCGCAUCUCAUCUGCACACUAGGAGAGGACUUUGCUUAUCGGUCAGACGGCACUAAGAAAGACCAUCUGAAGAUCAGCUCUAUGAGUUGGGGUGUGGAGGGUUAUCAUCUGUGGGUGAUUGACAGUACGGAUACAGCCACUGUGGUUCCGGAUGGAGAGGAAAACGAUUCGAAACUCCAGCAGGCGGGAAUUCUGCAGUUUCACUUCAUCAAGAGCGCACUGACCGUCAACCCCUGCACAAGUAAUCAGGAGCAGGUGUUGCUGCACGGAGAAGACCGGUUGUAUCUGACCUGUGGUGACCCCACUCAGGCUCACAGUGUGUUUGAUAAGAGCUCAUCGCGGGACAGCAGCAGUCCUCUGCACCGGCCACCAGCGCCCGCUCCGGUCUCUCAGGGUCUCAGCACUUUACUCGGACAUAAACACUGGCAGGUGGUCCAGUUUCACAGCACAUAUCUAGAGACGAACUGGCCUAUCAGGUUUGCGGCUAUAGACUGGUCUGGUCAGUGUGUAGCUGUAGCUGGUCGACGUGGAUUUGCACAUUAUUCAUUAUAUACCAGGAAAUGGAAACUGUUUGGAAAUGUCACCCAGGAGCAGAAUAUGACUGUGACCGGAGGACUCGCUUGGUGGAACGACUUCAUCGUUGUUGCCUGUUACAAUUUCAUCGACCGACAGGAAGAGUUGAGGUUCUAUGUGCGGUCGUCUAAUCUGGAUAACGCGUUUGCAAGCGUCACUAAACUUCACGCUGAUACGCUGCUGUUGAAUGUGUUUCGUAACGUGGUGAUUCUGUUCAGAGCGGACUGCUCCAUCUGUCUGUACAGCAUCGAGAGGAAACAGGACGGUCCGAACCCGUCCGCCAGUGUGGAGUUGUUACAGGAAGUUUCAAUGUCUCGCUAUAUUCCUCACCCUGGUCUGGUCGUAUCUGUGACCCUCACGUCAGUACGAACAGAGACUGGGAUCACACUCAAAGCCCCACAGCAGGCCUGUUCGGCUGAGAGUAUCUUGUUAAAUUUGGCUGGUCAGCUGAUAAUGCUGCAGCGAGAUCGCUCCGGUCCACAGGUACGAGAGAAAGACACACCAGCCAAUCAGACCAAACUGCUACCGUUCUGUCCACCAGUGGUUUUGGCUCAGUGUGUGGAAAACGUUUGGACGACGUGUCGCAGUAACCGGAAGAAGCGUCACCUGAUGGAGGCGCUGUGGCUGUCGUGCGGAGAGGCGGGAAUGAAGGUGUGGCUUCCUCUGUUCCCGCGAGACCACCGCAAAACUCAUUCCUUCCUGUCUCGACGAAUCAUGCUCCCGUUUCACAUCAACAUCUACCCGCUGACCGUCUUGUUCGAAGACGCUCUCAUCCUGGGUGCCUCCAAUGAAACGAUGCUCUUCGACGGGCUUAGCGCUCAGAGUUCCUCCUCGAACUCCCCAGAGCCGCUGGAAUCUCUUUUCCCGUUCUGCACGGUGGAGCGGACGUCGCAGAUCUACCUCCACCACAUUCUCCGACAGCUGCUGGUGCGAAACCUGGGCGAGCAGGCGCUGAUGUUAGCGCAAUCCUGCGCGUCUCUGCCGUAUUUCCCUCACGUUCUGGAGCUCAUGGUGCAUGUGGUUUUGGAGGAAGAGGCCACAUCACGAGAGCCCAUCCCUGAUCCACUGCUGCCUACUGUAGCCAAGUUUGUGACUGAGUUUCCCCUCUUUCUGCAAACCAUCGUCCACUGCGCUCGGAAGACGGAGUACGCGCUCUGGAACUAUCUGUUUGCCGCGGUGGGGAACCCCAAAGAUCUGUUUGAAGAGUGUUUGAUGGCGCAGGAUCUGGACACGGCAGCUUCGUACCUGAUUAUUCUCCAGAAUAUGGAAGUUCCUGCAGUAAGUCGUCAACACGCCACUCUGCUCUUCAACACGGCCCUCGAACAGGGCAAAUGGGACCUCUGCCGUCACAUGAUCCGAUUCCUCAAGGCCAUUGGUUCAGGGGAGGCCGAGACUCCGCCCAGCACACCCACUACACAGGAGCCGAGCUCUACCGGUGGGUUCGAGUUCUUUCGUAACCGCAGCAUCAGUCUCUCUCAGUCUGCAGACAACAUCGCAGCGGGCAAAUUUAACAUGCAGAAGACACUGAGCAUGCCCUCUGGACCCUCUUCUAAAGGUGGCGAUCGGUGGUGUAAAGAGAGCGACUCUGCAGAGAAUCUCUACAUUGAUGUGAUGCUGUGGAGACACGCGAGACAUCUGCUGGAGCAGGUGAGACUGCGAGAUCUCGGCUGUUUCUCUGCUCAGCUGGGCUUUGAGCUGAUUGGCUGGUUGUGUCGGGAGCGGACACGCGUGGCACGGGUGGACGAUUUCGUUACAGCCCUCAAAUGCCUGCACAAAGACUUCCUGUGGCCAUUCCCUGUUAUCUCAGUAUGCUCCAUUAGCUCGCCGCUGAAGGAUGGACGCUGCCGUCCAGUGUUGAGUUCUCGUUUGCUGAAGUCGCAGUCAGCUGACAGUUUGCUGAACAGUGACAUGGAUACCACGCCCCCUCUGGUCACCAUAGCUAAUCACAGCUGGCUUGAUGGUUUGGGGGCGGUGCCAAAGGAGCUGGACUCCGCCGCCUCUCACGGAGGGCCACGGACACAAGAGGCGUUUCUGUCUCCCCUUAUUAACAAAGGAGAGGAGUGCAGUAUUGGUUCAGCUACUGAUCUGACUGAAACCAGUUCCAUUGUGGAUGGUGAUUGGAUGAUGGUAGAUGAGAAUGUCUCCACCCUCAACCUCAGCCAAUCAGAGCUUGAGCACAUCUCAAUGGAGCUGGCCAAUAAAGGACCGCACAAGUCUCAGGUGCAACUGCGGUAUCUCCUGCAUGUGUUCAUGGAGGCCGGUUGUCUGGAGUGGUGUGUGGUCAUUGGUCUGAUCUUGCGAGACGCCAGCGUCAUUAAACAGGUGGUGGGGUUCUUGGACAGUCCAGAAGUUCCACCUGAAACGGUUCAGUGCAUCAGAGCAGGUCUGAUCGCUGUCGACAUCUGGGCCUCAGCUGAUUGUCUGGGCUACAAGCCGUUCUUGAAUCUGAUUCGUCCUCAGCUGCUUAAGUUGAUGGAGGUUUCCGUCGAGCAGGUGCAGCCCGAAGCGUUCCAGCCGUCUGGCGCAUCAAAACUGUCCGAAACGCCACUGCUGCUCAGAGCCGAAGACUCGCGCGUGACCGUCGUGUCAGGUCACUUGCUGCCACUAGAGGGCUCUCCCAGAGUGAAUGCCCGACCGCUGGAGGACACGCCCGUGGAGCUGGAGGAGGAGGAGACGCUGGAGGAGGGAUCUUACGACUGCACGCUAUCAUGACCUCACUUGGCUCUAGAUGCUUUUACAAAAAAGUUGGAAAACUGCGCUCAGAUCCGAUGAAAUCAGCCUGACAAACAAGUGUGUGUGUGUGUCUCAGACUGCAUUUGUGCUGUUCUAUGAUCAUGUUACGUGUGUGUGUGUGUGUGUGUGUGUGUGUGUGUGUGUGUGUGUGUUUGCACUGUCUUUUUAUUUGCGCUCCAUCCUGACUGCAGAGUUGUGUGUUUUCAACAUGUGGUCAAUUGCAUCAGUGUUUUUGUCUCUUUUCUCCUCUGUAUGAGAAUCAAACGUGGCCCCAGAGCAAUUCGGGCGUUUACCCUUUUGUUAUGGCAUCAAAACUCGGCCCUCCCAACCAGCUGUGCACCAAAUAAUGCUUUUAGAAAAACACACCUGCAUUUAUCUCUCUGUAUGUGUGCAGGUUUUGCUUUGACGGGUAAAACUGAACUAGAUUUCCAAUGAAAAUCAAAGGAAUUGAGCAUCGCUGAAGUUUAACCGAUUAUCCUGGAUUAAGGCAUCAAGUUUUAAAUGUUAAUUGUGGAAUAUCAAUCAUUGUGGCCACCAGAUGGCUCAGUACAGAGCCUGAUGUUUUAUUUGACACAGGACACAAAGAAACCGAGCGAUUGCAAACACAAAACCAGAUAUCAGUCACACUUGUAGUUGGUCAAACGCGUGAUGUUUGUCGAGUUUAAGAGUUGUGAUGUGUGCAGCUCUCCCUCCUGUGAAGUUGAACUUGAAUCAUGGAUAUUUGAAAUGUUUUGCUCUUUUUUUGUUAAAUAGUCUUUCGAAGCAUUUUAGUCCAACUUUGGGGUGUGAAUCAUGUGUAAAAGUACUUUGCUAUGGACUUGUGUCUACGGCAUCAUCCCCCUAGAUUUGCCUCGAGCCCUCCACCACCACCCAGAAACUUCAAAUGUUUCACUUCGACCCUCUGAACUGACGGCAAAACAGUCGACGCAUCUUAGUACCAGCCCUGACCAAAUGGUUUUUGCAUUAUUAUUUAUUUGUCAACAUUGUUUGCUUUUCAGCCAACGUUACGUAAGGCUUCUUAAAAGGUAUACAUCUUUCUGUCAAUAAUCGUAAAUAGUUUUUCAUCGCUCUAUCUGGUUUUAUGUAUGUGAGGAGCGGUCGGACAAAGAAAUGAACUCUCAUGCAGUUGUGAGUUUUUCGUUACAUAAUAAAAGUUUCAAGAACUCCAGCGACUCGCAAGAGCACCAGAGAUGAUUUCAUCUGUCUUUAAUUUGUAUUAGAACGGCAGCGCUGCCCAGAAUCAGUAUUAUUAAUAUAAUUAGUGUUUCAACUUUGAUGAACAUCAGGCUAAUCGGCGCUGCCUUGGGUUGGAUCUUUCAGUGCAGAACGGACCAAUCGAUGUAACAGAAGGCUGGCGUAAACGCAUGGCAUGCCUUUGUGUUAUUAAUAUGCAUUAUUGACAGUUCAGAGUAUUUAGCGAGAUCUUUAUUUUAACAUUUUAUUUCCCCUGAACUGCUCGUCUCCCGAUUCGAGUUUAUGUUGUAAUUAUGUUGCACAUGUGUAGGUGCCGUGAAGUUGUGAUAGUGUUAUUCACAAACCAAAGAGCUGCAUGACAUUAAAGUGUGUGUGUGUGUGUGUGUGUGUGUGUGAAAGAUCACUGACAGGGUUCAUAAUGCAACAUGGUACAAAAUCCCUCAAAUUCCUCUUUUCCUCUAACUACGUCACAGUGAAAUACUGAUGUUGCUCUUUGACAUUUAACGGAGGAUUUUAUAGUUUAAUUUUCUACUAAAGUGUAAACGUGAUUUUCAAGGCGGCCCGUGUGCGAGUUGGUACUCUCAGUUAAAGGACUUUGAGACGUUGAGUAUUUCUUCAUCUGUACAGUUUAAACUCUCCAGCGACCUGGAAAAUGUUUCCGGCUCUGGCGUUUCUCCUCAAUGCAGUGUACAGACAAUAACUUUUCUACUCCGUAUUCUAUAUUUUCCUGUACAUACAGAUUACAGAACAAUAAAUUAUUUUUUAAACAUCA